AUGGCGGAGUACGUACUUUUGGAAGAGGCCACAACGGCAGUGUCUGCUACUAUAGCCACCACUACUUCUGGCAAAAGGUCCCCAAAUGUCUCUCUCACUCACUCUCUCUUUCUCUCUCUCUUUUUUUUUUUUCCAGAGAUCACGCUUCGUGUUUUCGUUAAUUUUAAGAAUUGUUUAUUAGUAAACUCUCUCACACGCAGUCUCUUUCCCCCCUCUCUUUUUCUCUCUUUCCCCCCUCUCUUUUUCUCUCUUUCCCCCCUCUCUUUUUCUCUCUUUCCCCCCUCUCUUUUUCUCUCUUUCCCCCCCUCUUUUCUCUCUUUCCCUCUCUUUUCUCUCUUUCCCUCUCUUUCCCUCUCUUUUCUCUCUUUCCCUCUCUUUUCUCUCUUUCCCCCUCUCUUUUCUCUCUUUCCUCUUUCCCUCUCUUUUCUCUCUUUCCCUCUCUUUUCUCUCUUUCCCUCUCUUUUCUCUCUUUCCCCCCUCUCUUUUUCUCUCUUUCCCCCCUCUCUUUUUCUCUCCCCUCUUAACAUUCACCAUACUCUUAUAGGAUUCUUGGCCUAUAACCCCCACUUGCUCUCUCUCUCUAAACCCCUAGUGGCCUAUAACCCCCAGUUGCUCUCUCUCUCUAAACCCCUAGUGGCCUAUAACCCCCACUUGCUCUCUCUCUCUAAACCCCUAGUGGCCUAUAACCCCCACUUGCUCUCUCUCUCUAAACCCCUAGUGGCUUAUAACCCACACCUGCUCUCUCUAAACCCCCUACUGGUUUUCUCUCUCUCUCUCUCUCGCUUAGCUGGUUUUCUCUCUCUCUCUCUCUCGCUUAGCUGGUUUUCUCUCUCUCUCUCUCGCUUAGCUGGUUUCUCUCUCUCUCUCUCCUUUAGCUGGUUUUUCUCUCUCUCUCUCUCGCUUAGCUGGUUUUUUCUCUCUCUCUCUAGCUUAGCUGGUUUCUCUCUCUCUCUCUCUCUCUCUCUCCCCACCUUAGCUGUUUCUCUCUCUCUCUCUCUCUUUUUGGUUUUCUCUCUCUCUCUCUUAGCUGGUUUUCUCUCUCUCUCUUUGGUUUUUCUCUCUCUCUCUUGGCUGGUUUUCUCUCUCUCUCUUAGGUUUUCUCUCUCUCUCUGGCUGCUGGUUUUCUCUCUCUCUCUCUCUCUCUCUCUCUUAGCUGGUUUUAUCUCUCUCUCUCUCUCUCUCUCUCUAGCUGCUGGUUUUCUCUCUCUCUCUUUUCUCUCUCUCUCUCGCUUAGCUGGUUUUUUCUCUCUCUCUCUCUCUUUUCUCUCUCUCUCGCUUAGCUGGUUUCUCUCUCUCUCUCUCUGGUUUCUCUCUCUCUCGCUUGGCUGGUUUUCUCUCUCUCGCUUAGCUGCUGGUUUUCUCUCUCUCUCUCGCUUAGCUGGUUUCUCUCUCUCUUUAGCUGGUUUUCUCUCUCUCUCGCUUAGCUGGUUUUCUCUCUCUCUCCUUAGCUGGUUUCUCUCUCUCUCCUUAGCUGGUUUCUCUCUCUCUCGCUUAGCUGGUUUCUCUCUCUCUCGCUUAGCUGGUUUUCUCUCUCUCUCGCUUAGCUGGUUUCUCUCUCUCUCUCUCGCUUAG